GAAGUUGCAUAUCUCUCUUAUCUCUUUCGCAGCAAGGUCAAAGUCAGUCAUGGACGUGAGAGAAGCUUUGAAGAAGCAAAACGAAGUCUCCAUGUUCCUUUCAUGGCAUCUCUUCUCUACUGUAGCCAAACGCUCUAACAGCGUUUUCUCGCCGGCGUCAAUGAACGCAGUGUUCACCAUGAUGGCUUCUGGUCCCGGCAGCGGCAGUUCUGUGAUCGCCGAUAAAAUCCCCUCCUUCCUCAGAUCUUCUUCCAUCGAUGAGCUCAACUCUGUUUUCAGCGUCAUUGCUACCUUCGUCUUCGCUGACGGUAGUCAUAUAGGUGGCCCAACGGUCAAAGUGGUGAAUGGCGCUUGGAUCGACCAAUCAUUAUAUAUAGAUCCAUCUACGAAUAAUCUCUUCUACAACUUUUUCAAAUCUGUUUUGGCUUCAGUGGAUUUCAAAUCAAAGGCUGAAGAGUUGCGUAUGGAGGUGAAUGCAUGGGCUUUACAUUGCACCAAUGGUUUCAUUAAAGAUCUUCUUCCUCAUGGAUCCGUUCCAGAGGACACCAUCUGGAUUUAUGGAAACGCCUUGUACUUCAAGGGAGCUUGGGAAGAUAAAUUCCAUAAAUCGAUGACGAAAGACCAAGACUUUCACCUUCUCGAUGGGACUUCAGUUUCUGUGCCUUUCAUGAGCAGCCAUAAGAACCAAUACAUAAAGGCUUAUGAUGGUUUCAAGGUCCUUAAGCUCCCAUUUCGACAAGGCCUUGGUGAUACCAGUGGAAGUUUCUCUAUGUAUUUCUAUCUCCCUGAUGAGAAAUAUGGUUUGGAUAAUCUUGUGGAGAGAAUGGCGUCAAGUCUUGGUUUCUUGGAUAGCCAUAUCCCGACUCAAAAGGUUGAUGUUGGUGAUAUCAGAAUCCCAAAGUUUAAGAUCGAAUUCGGAUUCUCGGCUUUAAAGACUUUCAAUAUAGUAGGAUUGGAUAGGGUGGAAGUGUACCAAAAAGCUUGUGUUGAGAUUGAUGAAGAAGGUGCUGAAGCUGCUACUGCAACUGCUGUUGUUGGAAUCUUUGGAUGUGCUUUUGUGAAGAGGAUAGAUUUUGUUGCUGAUCAUCCAUUUCUUUUUAUGAUUAGAGAAGACAAAACAGGAACCCCUUUGUUUGUUGGUCAGAUCUUUGAUCCUUCUAAAUCUUCUUAGACUCCGGAAGUUAAAACCUUGAGUCUAAGGUGGCCUGGUUAUAUAGUUCGAUAGGAAAAAGUUUAUUCGACUUGAAUCCUAUGUUUAGAUUUGGUUAAGACCGGAUCACUUUUUUUAUUCGUUAAUGAGUUGUAGUUUGAGUCUUUUAUUCUUAUUGAUUGAGUCUCAAUAUGUUUAGUUUUCUUCAAUUUUAAAUUUUACUCUGUUUCUCGUUA